UUUAAAAUUCUUAUUACAUGUGUUUUAAUGUUUGUUUACUAAAAUUUUAUCAUUUUUUUAUACAAGGAAAUAAAAACGAAACACGAUUGAUAUUUUUUCUAUCUCUAUUUUAUAUGUAUUUAAUAAAAAUUUUGAUAAAAAAUGUCGGUACAUUGGAGUUCAGAAAUUAUGAAAUGGGAGUACCGGGAACUUCAAGCCACAGCUAUGUCUGUGGAUUACUCAGGAAAUAAUGUAUUAUUGGCUGGUCGAAGGUGGCUCGCUAUUAAACAGCUUUCUCUGGAUGAUGACGGAGGAGAUAUAGUGAAGAAAUAUCCUAGACACAGCAAAUAUGAUGCAGCUGGUGCAGAAUGGUGCCAAUCAUAUCCCGGACAAAAGCUAUGCGCUAUUGCGAGUAAUCAACGCGUAGAUGUAUAUGAAUGGCGUGCUGGUAACGACUUGACCUGCAUAUGCUCUCUUCGUGGACAUACUAGGGUUGUUAGUGAUACACAUUUUCAUAGGCAAGAUCACAACCUUAUCGCCACUUGCUCUAUUGACACAUUCACUCAUCUCUGGGAUUUGAGAGAUGCUAGAAAACCUGUUGUUUCUCUGUGUGCUGUAGCUGGAGCAUCACAAGUACAAUGGAAUAAAGUAGCUACUCACAUAGUGGCAACAGCACAUGAUGGUGAUAUUAAAAUUUGGGAUUAUCGCAAACACACAUCACCCAUACACUAUAUAUCUGCACAUCUAUGUAAAAUACAUGGUGUUGAUUGGAGCCCACACCACGAGUAUCAACUAGUCACUUCAAGUCAUGAUGGUAGCAUAAAAUAUUUUGAUAUAAAUAAUGCGAGACGUCCAGAGAAUAUCAUAAUGACAAACUUCCCAGUCUGGAGAGCAAUUUACACCCCUUUUGGCAGUGGUUUAUUAACUAUUGGUGUGGGUUGGGGUGGGUUGCCAAGAGCUGAACAGGCAGGGGUUAUCGGCAUUUGGGUGGGAGGAUCUUUAACACAUAGACUAGUUGGUCAUACAGACACUGUCCAGACAAUGGUGUGGAGACCAAAUACUGCACCAUGUAAUUACCAACUGGUCACUUGGGGCCGUGAUCAGUCUCUUAGAGUUUGGGCAAUGCACCCAUCACUAUUGAAGAUGUGUAAUCAUUAUUUACCAGAUGAUGAGGACACUGAAGAAGAUAAUAACAGUGAUUCAGUGAGUUAUGCAUCCACAGUAGGCUCAAUGAAUGAUCUAUCAGUCAGUGAUAACAAAGUUCAAGACAUACAAAUGAUUAAACUGACAAACAAAUCUACCACAUCCAUUAAUGAAGAAUUUGAAUCUAUACCAAAAAUGGCCAAUAUAGAAGUUACGGACAUGAAUAUUGAAACGCGUACUUGUCAAAUACACUCUGAACGCAAUGGCUACAUAGCAAACUUACAAGUAAUGUUCCCAAGAAAUGUAACUGAACAAACUAUACCAAAGUUUUCUUGGCUGUCGGGCACGAAUGUGGACAGUCCAACUACAAUUAAAAUAUUACAAGCAAUAAAUAGGACUGCUCAUCGCAAGAAAAAAGAAGGUCACAGAUGUUUACUACAUUGCUUAAAAACACUGGCGACAUCUAUCGACGAGAUACCAGUGAAGACCAAUGAUGAUACGGAUUCUAUGAAAUCUAGUCAAAGAAGUCAGUCUGAGAGUGAGAAUGCUGGUGAUUCAUGUAUCCCGUUUCCACGUACAUGCGGUGCUAAGUGGUGCGGAGUGAACACUCUAGUCGUAUUCAAUCGUCCACCGAACGCGAGGCGAUUGUCAUUAAAACAUGAAGCGGGAACACCCAGGUCGAUGUCGUCGCUGUCGUUAGCGCCGACGUUAUUCGGCGCGGGGUACAGCUCUGUAUCCCCACACGCGACCACUACGCCCUCCCCUACAAACGCACCUGGAUUCCCGCAAUUACAUCAUAGACAUCCAUCGAAUUCGAUAACAACAUUCUAUUUUCAAGAUAGAUGGAAAGCGGUAGGUCGGCGAGCAGGCAGUAUGCGAAGUCGCGGUAGCAUCUCGGGAUGCGGAUCGCCGCGUGUGCUACUCUAUACUGCAGAUCUGUUCCUGCUGCACCGCGUCCUCGCAGAAAAGUACGUGAUCAAUGCCGAGAACCCUGUUGAGAUGUGCGAGAAGAACGCGAAAAUAGCAGCGGAGGAAGGUGAGCGUGAACUUGCUGACGCUUGGGACUUAGCGGCGCUGUCGGCCCGCCUACUGAAAACACCCAUAGUCGACCACCUUGUAUCCAGCGAAGAGACUAUGGGCUGGGUUGGCCAUCCACUCUGCUGCAAUUUGCUACAGUCUCUAAUAUCCCAUUAUGCGAAGUUGUCAGAUCUACAAAUGGCAGCGAUGUUAACUUGUGCAUUUUCCGUCUUCAAUGAUACCAGCAAUUCAAGUUCACAGUCCACAAUUAGUACUUCUAGUUGUGGAAAUGGUACAUCUCCAUACAGUACUGUAAACCAGUACAGCGAAAUCAGCGCAGACGGCUGGACGUUACCCGUCAUGUUGCGCAGUAACUCGUGUUCGGAGGCCGAGAACUUUUAUACUGACUCCACCGUGUCGAAGUCUGAACGCGUGUCAUCUUGCGUACUCGACGAAUCGACGGUACACCUGUAUAAUUGCUUCAAACGAGCUUACGCUGAUGUUUUACAUCGGUGGCAGUUGUUGUAUAAGAAGACUGAGGUGAUGAAGCUGGUGCGCGGGGCCGGCGGCGCGGAACAGCUGGUGGGCCCGGCGGGCGGCGCGGCGCUGCGCUGCGCCGUGUGCGCGCUGCGCGUGCGCGGGCUGGCGUGCGCCUGCGCGUACUGCGGCCACGCGGGCCACGCGCGCCACAUGCUGCACUGGUUCUCACAACGUGAAACGUGUCCAACUGGCUGCGGAUGCAAAUGCGUCAUCGAGGGCCACAGCCUCUGGAAAAGUGUCAAUAAAUUUGUUUAACGUCUAAGGUAACCCAAUUUUAUUUAGCAACGCCGUGUAUAAUGCGAUCAAAAUAGAAUAAGACCGAUUCACCAUUGUGACGAUCAUAUUGACAUAUUAAAUAUUAUUAUAGAAUACAGACGCUCAAUGCAAACAAUGUAGGGAUAAGAUAUGUAUGCAAAAUAAAAAUAAAAUGUAGAGAAAUACCCAUCGAAAAUACCAAGAGAUUUUUUUAAUCGCACAACAAUUAUUAAUCCUGAAUAAUUUUAUUAAUAAUUAUAUAUGCUUUUCUAGAAUUGACAGUCAUUGACUUAUCGUAAUAUAAGUUGGCUAAUUUUCCUCUCUAAAAUCGAAUAAAUCUAUAUCUAUCUAAUCUAUAAAAGCGAAUAUAAUAAUAAUUUAAAAAAUGACCAUGAAUUUUUUAGAUAAUUUAUAAAGCAAUUUAUUAAACAAAUAAGUAACUGGUUUAAAAAUCUCAACAUCUGUGUAUAAUUUAAAUAAAUAUGUAUAUGAAGAGUCAAAUUGAUAAUCCCUCGUGGCUCUAAAAUAGAUUGAUUUUUCAAAUCAUGCUUCAUGCUGUAGUCGUAAUAUUUUUUAUUAUUUCAAACUUUUUAUAUUAAAUAUUUUAUUAUUCUCCCAGCUACAACUCUAAAUAAGUAGUCAGAAGCAUUAAUUAACUCUUAUUGUUGUGACGAACAUAGAUAAUUUUUUUAUAAUUUAUAUUCUAUGUUUUUAUAUACUCUACCUCUACCUUAAAGGUUAUCUGAAUUUCUGUGUUCAAUUUUUUUACAAUGUAUGUAGAUAUUUUUUACAUUUUGAAAAUUAGGUUGUAUAGCUUUGUACUGUGUUGUCUUGCGUUGAAGAUAAUCUAUAAACAUAUUACAUUACCAGGUUAUCUCUAAUGCCAAAGGCCCUUAUCCCAUAAACCUGAUAAGUAGAGUUACUGCUGUAUGAAAAACGUGAUAAUAUUUUAUUAAGAAAUAGGGUAAAUCAUGUAAUGAUCAUGCUUCAUUCAUAUUGGAAUAUCGAUGGAUGAUAAUAAAUAUAAUAAACUUAAAUAAAAAAUAUUGUGUUCUAUGCUGUGUACAUAAAAAAGCUAUUCAAUUAAUUUAAAACAAUAAUUUAAUAUAAAUAUAUUAAGCGUUAUACUUUUAUAUCUGUACAUUUGCGUUAAUAAAUAAUUACUCAAAUUUGAA